AUGGACUGGAUUAUCUCGCUCGCUCACUUCUGCGAGCUGCACGGCCCGACCUCGAUCCUCUGCACCCAGACCUCCGCCGCAACGUGUCUCACCUGCCGAACAUGCGACACCCCUCCUUCUGACGACCCCCCCAACUCCUCGUACUCGUCCUUUGACGCGCCCUGGGACGCCAAGUUCCCAUCUCAAGUACCACCUCUCUCCUCGCCCUUCGAGACGCCGCCUACCAGCCCGAAACAGGGCAGCCACAACCCCUACUUUCCCAGCUUUCCCAGCUUUCCCAGCUUUCCUGGGGAGAGGGAGGUUUACAAGCGUUUCAGCAAAACCUUUGAAGACGACGCGGACUCGUGCGGGAACUGCGCGUUUCUAGUGCCGCGUAAUGUCAGCGAUAGGCUUCCAGCCGGGGCGCCAGGGAGCCCGUCAAAAGACGGGCGCACCAGGAACGGAAGCCCAGUGCUGCGGACGUCUCAAGCUGUUGUCGCUCACAACAGGGAGACGGAAUCCGAUAACGACAGCGAUGGUGUUGCCGACGCGGUAGACAUCGAACAGUCGCUGCAGUCAUCCACCUUUCCUCCUUCACCGCCCAGCACAACCACGUCGUCACCUCCUUCACCGCUCUUCGUUUCCCAAACCCCACAUACGCACACUUUGACCUACAUCACCACGAGACAACCCACCUCCGCAUCUGCGUAUUCUCUCCUCCGCCGCUCCUGCAUUCGGACACUAUCCUGCGAGAUGCUUCCGCGGGGCUCACCAUCUGGCCCUUUGGUAUUUGGCGACCCCGUAGCCGGUUACACCAUUGCGUACAUUUUCCGCUUGCCCGACCCACGCGCCAGAGGCAAGCUGCGCACGUACGCGCUCAUCGCCCUCGGCGGGCGCGAUAGCUGGCGCAUCGGCAAAGCAAUGGUGAAGGUGACCGAGAUCUUCGAGUCCGUCGCGAGCAAGAUCAUCGCCAUGGCCGAUAGGGUUCUCGAGCGCGAAUCGAGCGCCUCCUCUUCACGGCCGAGCACUAGCGAGCGCAGCACACCACCGCUCAGCUGUUCGGCUUCCACCAUGCCCAACAUGAGCAGCCGUAUGUCGCCGGAGAAGAAGGGCCUCUCGUCCACCCACAGCUCGCCAACAACGCGCACCAUCACGCCCGUGUCGUCCUUCCUCUCCGCCAAGAAGGUUGAUCCAGAUGGCUAUCCGCGUGUGAGCCGUGAGGUCAUGCGCGCGAAAGGGCUGGCCGAGAUUGUUGGCAAGGACGAUUUCUUCGUCGAGCUGCACGCCACGUUCUGCAUGCUCCUGUCGGGCCUGAUCAAGGACUUUGGCAGUUGA